AUGGAAUGCUUUCAUUGGAUGAAAAAGAAGACUAAAGGAAAACGAGGGGUUAUGGCUUUGAAGCUCGAUAUGUCGAAGGCCUAUGACCGUAUUGAGUGGCCUUUUGUUGUUGGAGUCUUGUCCUCUAUGGGCUUCCCAGCCUCGAUGGUUAAUCUGAUCCAACGAUGUAUCUCUAUUGUGUCAUACAAGGUGUUGGUUAAUGGGCAGCCGAGUCGGAGUUUUGUCCCUGAAAGAGGGCUCCGCCAAGGAGACCCCCUUUCUCCUUACCUUUUUAUUUUGUGUGCUGAUGUUUUUUCAGGUUUGUUAAAACAAGACGCUGCGAGGAAGAAUAUACAUGGAAUCGAGAUUUCUAGACAAGCCCCGAUGAUCUCACACUUGCUGUUUGCUGAUGACAGCUUGUUGUUUGCUAGAGCAAAUGAAACUGAGGCUGACUGUAUCCUUGACACUAUGCGAAAAUUCCUUAGAUCCUCCGGUCAAAUUGUGAACCUUGAUAAUUCGGAAGUGUCGUUCAGUCGAAACGUGCGAGAUGAUGCCAAAAUUAUGAUCUGUACAAGGAUGGGUGUAAAGACGAUUUUAAGUCACUCCAAAUAUCUAGGUUUGCCGGUUGUCUUUGGGAGGUCAAAGAGGGAGGUUUUCAACUUAGUGAUUGAAAGAGUUUGGAAGAAGAUUAAGGGGUGGAAAGAAAGGUUCCUGUCUACAGCGGGUAAAGAGGUCCUAAUUAAAGCCGUGGUACAAGCAAUCCCGAGCUACAUUAUGAGUUGCUAUAAGCUACCGGAAACGGUGUGUCACGAGAUCGAGGCUAUGAUCGCUAAAUUCUGGUGGGGGUCUAGAGAAGGGGAAAAGAAAGUGCAUUGGAUGAAUUGGGAGAAGAUGGCGAGAGCGAAAGAAGCGGGAGGAAUGGGUUUCCGUGGUAUAAGUGCUUUUAACACGAGUUUACUAGGGAAACAAUACUGGCGCAUCCUGACAAAUGGGGAUUCUCUGCUGGGAAGGAUCUUCAAGAGCCGCUACUUCCCGAGAGGGACCUUGGAAAACUGCACCGGUGGUUCCGCCAUAAGCUAUGCGUGGAGGAGUGUGAUGAGUGCUAGAAGCGUUAUCCAAAAAGGAACCCGCUGGAGGAUCGGUACAGGGGAGAAAGUGUCAGUAGCAAGGGGCCGUUGGAUACCAGGCAAUACAGGCUUUAAAAUUUGUGGCCCGGUUCGUGCUUCGGAUGACAACCUUAUGGUGAGUGAUUUAGUGGAUAGUGAUCUUGGCAGUUGGCAGAAGGAAAAAAUAUUUGCCUUGUUCAAUGAGGAGGAUGCAAAACAAAUCAUUAGCAUUCCCCUUUCCACUAGUGGACUGGAAGAUAAAAUCAUUUGGCACUUCGAGAAAGACGGAGAGUACUCGGUAAGGUCAGCUUAUCACUUGUGUAUGCAGGAGAAGGCGGAUAAACUUCCUGGACCGUCAAGCCCCCCCGAUACGAACCUUUGGAAGGCAAUUUGGAAAGCUCCGGUGGCUCCUAGAAUCCGCAACUUCAUAUGGAGAGCAGCAAAAAAUAUUCUUCCAUCCAAGGACAAUCUUCUGAAGAAGGGAAUUCAAAUGGAUGGCUACUGUUCCUUCUGUCACUCUCAAAUAGAAUCGGUGCAACACCUCCUUCUCCAAUGUGUCUUCUCUGUACAAUGUUACUUUGCCUCUAUUCUCAGCUGUAGGGUGCCGAAUAACACACAUUUUCUAGACUGGCUGGAGAGUACUCUAUCGUGUGGUGAUGAUUUUAGUGUCCAAUUGCUUUGCACUCUUAUGCACAAAAUUUGGAGGGCAAGAAACUGUCUUCUGUACCAGAAUAAGGCUUCUGAUCCAAUCAAGGUGGCGGCGGAAGCUCUUGAUAGCGUGUUGGAAUUCAAUAAAUGGAACCCGGUUUUGAGUGCUAAGAGGAAACUAACUUCCCAGGAGGAGCAUAUGCCUCAAGAUGUUCAUGUUUUACAGGUUGAUGCCGGAUCUUUUCCCACCGGUUUCGUGGCGUUUGGUUGUGUGAUAAAAGAUCCGAAUGGCACUGGUAUACUGGCAGCGUGUAAAAAGGAUAUGCUAAGCAUUGAUCCUUUGGUGGCUGAAAUUCUGGGCAUUCGUUGGAGCUUGCAGCUUGCUAAGUCGCUCAAUCUGGAGCGUAUUCUGGUACAAUCUGAUUGUCUCAAUGCUGUUGACUGUAUUAAUUCAGUAGUACAUUUUGCUGUUUUGGAACCAAUUGCCAUAGACUGUAGGAGUUUGUUAGGUUCCUUUGCUGUAGCUUCUGUCAUGUUUAUCAAAAGGUCUUGUAAUGUUGAGGCUCAUAGCCUUGUAGGGAUUGGUAACUCUUUAGGCUCUAGAACAUGGCUUGGAGGAGUUCCCUCUCUUGAUUGUAUUGCUUCAAGGCCGCUGGCCUUUUCUUUCUAA